AUGAACUAUAUGCCCACAGCCACAACCAAUACAACUGUCUUAAUCCGAGAGAAGAAAAGUUGGAGAGAUGCUUUAAACUACUGCAGACUGUUUCACACGGAUCUGGCUACAAUAGAAAACCAAGCUGAGAACACGAAACUAAAGCAGCUGCUGCUCAACAGUAACGUGGAAUCAGCUUUCAUGGGUUUAUACAGAGACAGCUGGAAGUGGUCAGAUCAGAGUAGCUCUGUAUUCACGGCUUGGGGGACCCAAGAACCCAAUAAUGGAGGGGGAGGUGAAUAUUGUGCGCUACUGGAUUUGCUAUAUAAUCUAUGGAAUGAUGUAUCAUGUUCAAUGAAACUGAAAUUUCUCUGUGGCACUGCAAAGAAGAUUCAAAUACUGAAAAUAAACAUGCAGUCAACGUUGAACCUUGAUGUCAGUGAUUUUAACAGCACCAUUUUACAGCAGUUGCAGCAAAAGCUGAGGAAACUGGGACUGCUGAGUAACACCAAGCUGACGUGGAGGACACAACCUGAUGGACAAAUAUUUCACACCCCGAACGAACCAAGCACAAAAAAUAACAAGCAAUGUAAAACUGUAACAUGA